AUGACGAAAAGUCUGAAUAAGCCAAAUUUUUUGGUAAUUGUUGCUGAUGAUCUAGGAUUUACAGAUUUAAAUUCUUUUGGUGGGGAGAUACAUACACCUAAUUUGAAAAGACUUGCAGAUCAUGGUGUUAGAUUUACUGAUUUUCAUACUGCCUCAGCAUGUUCUCCUACUAGAUCUAUGUUAUUCUCAGGUACUGACAAUCAUAUCGCAGGGUUAGGCCAAAUGGCUGAAUUCACAAAUAAAUUGCCUGAGAAACUUCAAGGGAAACCUGGAUAUGAGGGUUACUUAAACGAGAGAGUAGCAGCAUUGCCCGAGCUUUUACAGGAUGGUGGAUACUACACAUUUCUUUCUGGAAAAUGGCAUUUAGGGUUAUCAAAAGAUUACUGGCCAAUUAAAAGAGGGUUUGAAAAGUCGUUCACUUUAUUACCUGGUGCUGGUAACCAUUACAAGUAUUUCCCUAGAGAUGAAAAUGGAGAAACCUUAAAGUUUCUCCCACCAUUAUAUUGUGAAGAUGAUCGUGAAGUUAAUGCAGAUGAAGAAAUUCCAGAAGAUUUUUAUUCUACCGAUUAUUUCACUACAAGAGGAUUAGAAUUUUUGGACGAGAAGUAUAGAAAGGGAAGACCUUUCUUCGGUAGUUUGACUUAUACUGCCCCUCAUUGGCCAUACCAGGCUCCAGAUGAUAGGAUUGCAAAGUAUAAAGGUAUUUAUGAUGAUGGUCCUGAAGAAUUACGUAAACGUCGUUUAGAGGGAGCAGCAAAGUUAGGACUUAUACCGGAAGGAGUAGAACCACAUCCAAUUACAACCAUCAGAAAAAGAUGGAGAGAUUUAACUCAAGAGGAAAAAGAAAUUCAAUCAAAGAUUAUGGAAACUUAUGCUGCCAUGGUUGAAAUUUUAGACGAAAAUAUUGGUAGGGUUUUAGAUCAUUUAGAGAGUUCUGGAGAUUUGGAGAACACUUUCAUUCUUUUUAUGUCAGAUAAUGGAGCUGAAGGUAUGUUUAUGGAGGCCUUACCUUUAUCAAUUCAAAGAAUCUCCGGUUUUGUUGACAAGUAUUAUAACAAUUCUUUCGACAAUAUUGGUAAGAAAGAUUCGUUUGUCUACUAUGGGGAUCAAUGGGCUCAAGCACUGACAAGUCCUUCAUCUAUGUAUAAAGCAUAUAAUUCGGAGGGUGGUAUUAGAUGUCCUCUAAUUGUACACUAUCCUCCAAUCUUAGACUCCGCAGACAAGAAUGGCCAAAUUUCUCACGCUUUUACAACUGUGAUGGACAUCUUGCCUACCAUUUUGGACUUAGCUGGAGUAGAACAUCCAGGUACUUCAUACAAGGGACGUACAGUUGCAAAACCAAAGGGAAAAUCUUGGGUAGCUCAUUUACUGAACAAAGAUUCACAAGUUCACUCAGAAGAAACAGUUACAGGGUGGGAACUCUUUGGCCAACAAGCUAUUAGAAAAGGACCCUAUAAAGCCUUAUAUAUUCCUGCACCUCAUGGGCCCGAUAAGUGGCAAUUAUUCAACAUUAAGAAUGAUCCUGGUGAAAAUCAUGAUUUGUCAGAGAGUCAUUCGAAAAAAUUGGAGGAACUUUUGAACCAUUGGACUGAUUAUGUUGCUGAGACUGGAUUGAUUGAAGUUGGUGGGGACUUAUUCGAAUGCGAAAAACUCAAUGAAGAUGAUACAAUUGAAUUCACUGUCAUCAAAGACUAA